AUGCAUUUUACCACCAUUGCUUUCACUGCGUUCCUGGCAUCUGUUGGAGCCUCAGCCAUUCCGGCUAUUAACAAGGUCAACACACUCGCCAAACGCGACCCAACAAUCUGGGAUGAAGCAGGAAACAUCAAGCUCACAUUCUCGCGCGAAUCAGUCAAUAUCGGCCUCCUUACCACCGAGAAGAUGAUGGAAGCUGUAUCACCCAUUUGCCAUGAAGAAGGACAAUGCGAGACCAAUGAUAUAGAACUCAAGAUCCAGCUUCUAACGUCCGAUACCGUAACUGACCUCAUUGUCACUAUUGGUCCUGACGGUGAGGACCCAACCUGGAUCCGCAAUGGGCUCCUUGAUACUCUCGGUGCCGCUUACUGCCCGAGGACAAAAACGUCCUUUACCACCUGUGAGGUGCCCAAGUACUGGAGUAUUAACUACCAGGAUCCAAGCGUUAGCAAUGCUGCACCCCCAAAUCUGGGGCUAAGCAUUGAAGUAAAAGCAGAAGGCCAGGAGGAUUUGUGUGAGAGGAUUCUGGCGGGGUUGGACGCUGUUGCUUUUAAGUAA